AUGCGUUCCGAUCUUUUAUUCUUAGCAGCGUGUCUGCUCCAAGCUUUAUAUGCAUCCCCUAUCUCCGAUCCAGCCCUGCAGCCGCCAUUGGAGGACCUGGAAUCAUCCCAUUUUCAAGCCUCCUCACAGCUGCAUGGCAGAUUCUUGCACAUCACAGAUCUGCAUCCAGAUGCCUUCUACAAAAUCCAUUCGUCCACCGAGGAGGAUGAUGCCUGCCAUCGAGGCAAAGGCUUGGCAGGCACAUACGGCACCGAAACGUCAGACUGUGAUACUCCCUAUGCCCUUGUCAAUGCCACAUUCAAAUGGAUCGCCGAAAACGUACGGGAUGUCGAUUUUGUGGUAUGGACGGGCGACUCGGCAAGACACGAUAACGACGAGAAGAUCCCUCGAACGGCCGACGAGGUGCUAAGCACCAACAGAUGGAUCGCAGAGAAGUUUCGAGAGGUCUUCCGUCAUGACGAUUCAAACAAGGGCUUGACCGUCCCUAUCGUGUCGACGUUCGGAAACAACGACAUCCUUCCACACAACAUCCUUCUAUCGGGGCCGAACAGGUGGCUGAAGACAUACACGGACAUCUGGCGAGAAUUCAUCCCAGAGGAACAAAGGCAUGGCUUCGAGCGAGGAGGCUGGUACUACGUUGAAGUCAUUCCUGGGAAACUUGCAGUCUUCAGUUUGAAUACACUGUACUUCUUCAAGAACAAUGCCGCUGUCGACGGCUGUGCACUGCGUUCCGAGCCAGGUUUCGAGCACAUGGAAUGGCUUAGGAUCCAGCUUCAAUUCAUGCGCGAUCGCGGCAUGAAAGCUAUCCUUACGGGGCAUGUUCCUCCAGCCAGAACGGACAGCAAACAACUUUGGGAUGAGACUUGCUGGCAAAAAUAUACCCUGUGGCUCCAGCAGUAUCGCGAUGUUAUCGUUGGAGGUCUCUACGGACACAUGAAUAUUGACCAUUUUAUGCUGCAAGAUCACAAGCAGGUCAAUCUUCUUAGCGAGGAUAGCGUUUCCACAGAAUCAGUGAUACGCGCCACGAUGGAGGAAGAGCUUAGCAUCGAGUCUGCCAAUGAUUAUCUCGAGGAGCUACGUGAGGACUGGUCUGGGUUACCAAAUCCUGCUGCAGCAGUCAAGGAAGUCAAGGACAACAAACCCGAAGAUAGCAAGAAGGGGAAGAAGAAGAAGGGGAAGAAGGACAAGAAGAAGUCUAAGAAAGACAAGAAGAAAGACAAGACUUUGAAGAAGAUUGGUGGACCUUGGGGAGAACGAUACUCUAUCACACUUGUCAGCCCAAGUCUUGUACCCAAUUUCUUCCCGACCCUGCGAGUUAUCGAGUACAACAUUACUGGUUUGGAUGCAACGGCAACAUGGGCUAGCACACGAUCCGGGAUUCUUACCGAGGAAAAGGACUGGCUCGACGAGGAGGAACAGUCAUCCAACCAGGACGAUGACGAAGCAUCGAUCGAGAAGAAGAAGAAGAAGAAGAAGAAGCCAAAGAGCUCACCGCCAGGGCCUGCCUAUUCUCCACAAACAUUGACACUGCUGGGCUACACUCAAUACUUCGCUAACCUUACGCACAUUAACAACGAUGAAACAAUCACACCAGAGAUGCUUGAAUUCGAAGAUGAACUCGACGCAGACAAGUGGCGGCCAGGGAAACACCAGGGCAAGAACCCAAAGCACAAACCACAUCCCAAGUUAUUCCAAUACCAAGUCGAAUAUGACACCUUCACGGACCCGAUCUACAAGUUGAAAGAUUUGACAAUGCGAAGCUACCUAAACUUGGCUCAUCGAAUUGGACAAUAUAAGCCUGCAAAGGGAGAUAGCAUCGAGGACUUGGAAGACAAAACGAUCGAUGAUGCGUCGGAUGAUAGUGAUGAUGAUUCCGAGAACGAGACGAUCGGCGAUACUUCAGAUGAUAUCGAUAAUGAUUCAGACGAUGAGGUCGAAGUGGAUAAGAAGAAGAAGAAGAAGCACAAGAAGAAGAAACACCACAAGCAGCACGAGAAGAACAAAGUCUGGCUGCGAUUCGUCAAACGCGCAUUCGUCGGCACCUUGGAAGAGGAGGAUCUUCGGACUUUCGACGAGGACGAGGUCUCGAUUCCUGAGUUCCGCGAGGAGCUAUGA